UCAAUAUUUUUAGCUUCUCUAAGUAUGUUAGUUGCAUCUCAUACUAUUAUCGACCGGUCAAAGGUUACAUCAGGAUCAGAUUCAGGUAUUUGUUUCUAUGGAGCAUCUGCACAAAGAAUACUAGAUAUUUUGGCAUAUGGAGAAUACAGUCACCUUGUUCCUUCAGUGCGAAGACCGAAAGACUGUUCAGAUUUGGACCCUAAAUAUGACCGUAGUGGAGUCUAUAGAAUAUAUCCCACUUCAGAACGAGGUUCAAUGUUUAUUGUGAUAUGACUACUGAUGGAGGACGCUGGACUGUUCUUGUCAGACGAAUGGAUGGUUCUGAGAAUUUCAAUAAAAACUGGGUUGAAUAUGAAAAUGGCUUUGGAGACCUCAACCGGGAAUUUUGGUUGGGAAACAAAUAUCUGAAUAUACUAACAUCAACUGGAAAAACAACUGAAAUGAGAGUCGACAUUGAAAAUUUUAAAGGAGAAAAGAAGUAUGCCAAAUACUCAACAUUCAAAGUUGGAGAUGCUGCCUCGAAAUAUACACUGACACUUGGAGGAUUUUCUGGAAAUGUUGCUGAUGGUUUAGCACAUCACAACAACAAUAAAUUCUCAACACCUGACCAAGACAAUGAUAAUAAUCAGAACCACUGUGCAACAAGUGGCCAACGACUUGGUGCUGGUUGGUGGUUCAACAGCUGUGAUAGUGCCUGCUUCACAUUAUCCUAUGCAAAUAAUAAGGAAGGUCUUACUGGAGAAAGUCUUAUACAAUGGGAAGUAUGGGGCGGCUCAGGAUUUUCCCUGAAGUAUGCUGCCAUGAUGAUUCGAAGAGUUUAAUUUAUUCUGAGAAAAUAAAAAAUAAUCUGAUCUGA